AUGGAUGUGUUGGGGGAAAAGGAGGCCCUGCAGCAGUUCUUCGAAGCUCAGGGGCCCAGUGACACUCUGGAGAACCCAGUGCUGGAUACAAGUCUGCUGGAGGAAUUCUUGGGCAAUGAUUUUGAUCUGGGGGUCUUGCAGCAGCAGCUCCCCGAUACUCCACCCUAUUCCGCAUCAGACUCCUGUUCUCCUCCACAGAUGCAAGGUGCUUGCUGCCCGGCCACGAGACCCGCAGCCGCAGCCGGGAGGACUCCAGCUACCCCUCUCCAUUCUGCAGCUACUGCCGGGAUGCUCCCUGCACACCUGCCGCAGAGCUCCUGUGAAAUGAGCAGCUCUGCCCACGGCCUCGGCAGCUCUCGCCACUGCUACCCGGACACCAGUCAUCUUCCAGCCCCCUCGGACCGAUGCAUGUCCUCCCAUCAGGGGAUAAGCCGUCCUUACCAUCAGCAGCCUCUGUGCCACAGCCCUGGAGCCUCAUUGCCACCUACCAAGAAGAGAAAGUGCACACAGGCGCUGGAGGACUCCGGGGACUGUCACGUGUGGGCCCACCACUCCAGACCAAUGACAAGUAGGAGUUCCAGCAGCGAAGUGCUAUUCUACGACAGUGAGGGACAGAACAUGACACCAGUGGACCAGGGUUCUCCUUCUCUGAAGUGGCAGCCAUACCAGAGUGUGCCUUGGCACAGUUUAUUCACUGGUCAUUAUGAGAAACUACCCGAUAUAGGCUAUCAAGUUGUCACAGACAAAGGAUUUAAUUUUUCACCAGCAGAUGAAGCUUUUGUUUGCCAAAAGAAGAACCAUUUUCAGAUAACCAUCCACAUCCAAGUUUGGGGAAGUCCAAAAUUUGUCAAAACUCAAAUGGGCCUAAAGCCAAUAGAAAUGUUUUACUUGAAAGCUUUUGGGGUUAAGGUAGAAGCCACCAAUCAAAUAAUCGCUAUUGAACAAUCCCAAGCAGAUAGAAGCAAAAAAAUUUUCAAUCCUGUUAAAAUCGACCUGCUGGCCGACCAGGUCACCAAAGUUACAUUGGGCCGGUUACACUUUAGUGAGACGACAGCGAAUAACAUGAGGAAGAAGGGAAAACCAAAUCCUGACCAGAGAUACUUCAUGCUGGUGGUUGGGCUGUAUGCUGCGCACCAAGACCAGUUCUACCUACUGUCUGCCCACAUCUCUGAACGGAUCAUUGUAAGGGCCUCUAACCCAGGGCAGUUUGAAAAUGACAGUGAUGCAUUAUGGCAGCGAGGACAAGUUCCAGAAUCUGUCAUUUGUCAUAGUCGAGUGGGAAUAAAUACAGACGCCCCAGAUGAAGCCCUGGUCGUCUGUGGCAACAUGAAGGUGAUGGGGACGAUUAUGCAUCCCUCUGACAGCCGCGCGAAACAGAACAUCCAGGAGGUUGACACAAAUGAACAGCUAAGACGGAUAACCCAAAUGAGGGUCGUGGAAUACGACUACAGACCUGAAUUCGCGUCUUCAAUGGGGAUAAACGCCGCCCAUCAAACAGGGAUGAUUGCUCAGGAGGUCCGAGAAAUCCUGCCUCAGGCCGUCAGAGAGGUUGGUGAUGUCACCUGUGAAAAUGGAGAGACGCUGCAGAACUUCCUCAUGGUCGAUAAGGACCAGAUCUUUAUGGAAAAUGUCGGUGCAGUGAAGCAGCUCUGCAAACUAACCCACAACCUUGAAGAAAGGAUAGAGGAGUUAGAAAUAUGGAACAGAAAGCUGGCCCGGCUGAAGCGGCUCAGUAGUUGCAAGUCCUCAGCCAGCGAAGCAAGCUCCAUCAGCAAAUUUAGCAGAGCUCUUAGUGCGUCUUCUCCCAGAAGGGCCAUUCCCAAAAAAACCAACAAGGUUUAUUUUUCAGGAAAAAAACAGCUGUGUCCUAACUGGGUUUUCCAGACCUUGGUUAUAACACUCAUUGCUGUGAUGGCAUUUUGUGCCUUGACGAUAGUCUCUCUUUACAUACUUAGCUUAAAAGAUCAAAACCAACGUGCCCCAAAUCUUCCUCUGAGCAAUAUCACCAACUCUCAGGCGCCCGCCCUGCCGCCCACAGCCUCCCCCUCAGCACCGAAUACAUCCCUGGCAACCACACAGUCCUCCUUCCGAGUACCAGAAAUCACUUUCUGUGAGAUCCUGCCCUGUCUGGAGACUUAUUGCUGCCCCAUCUGGGGAAAGAGAGGAGUCCCCUCCGGUCCUGUGCGAAUGCCGUCUCAGGAGGAGGAAACCCAUCAGAAGCCAUGGGCAGAAGACAGAAGUUUGUCAUUCCUGGCAAGAGAUGCGCUAACCAGCCCUGACUGGGGGAGUGACUGGAUUGAUACAACCAUCAGUUCUAUUCAGAUCAUGGAAAUCCAGCAAGUAAUAGAUCAUCGGUAUUGUGGCCGAGGCCUCCAGUGCAGCACUGGAAAUUACAAUUACAAUAUUCCUGUUAAUAAGCACACACCUACCAAUGUCAAAUUCUCUCUGGAAAUCAACACAACAGAGCCAUUGAUAGUCUUCCAGUGCAAGUUCACCCUUGGAAAUAUAUGUUUCCAUGGUACAAGGGGAGCCAAGAGGACACAAAGCCGCCAAGAAGUCUCCCAAGAGAUGACACAGGGCUAUCAGCAUAUUUGGACACUCCCUGUAGCCCCGUUCUUUGACAGCACGUACCAUUUCCGUGUAGCUGCGCCGGAUUUAGCGGACUGUUCAACGGAUCCUUAUUUUGCUGGGAUAUUCUUCACAGAUUACUUCUUUUACUUCUAUCGGCACUGUGUCUAAUUUAUUCGAGUUUGGUUGAGGACUUUGCCAAAGAAAAGUGCUCAGAAGUUCGGUCAACGGAAAUAUAGCCUCUGCAAUUUCUUUCUUCUCUUUGUAAAACAUUCACAUUUAUUGCCACAGGACUUGUUCAGGCUUUGGCUUGAACAGUUUUGAGCCAUUAAUGAGGAGAAUAAAGGGUUUGCUGCAACUUGA